AUGAUGGAUAACCUAGCGAGCCUCGCUCGCGCUUCCGACCCGAUCAACUUCCCGGACAACAUCGCCGACGACGAAUGGCGCGUCACGAAAGCCUUGGACGAUCAGCUGGCAAGGCAGAUGCCGUCGCGGCGGUGGCGGCCCAUGCACGACCCGUAUGCUUACCUCGCUGCCUCUUCGUCGUCUUCUCCUCGGCAUCGCCACUCAGGUGAUGAAGAGGAUGACAGCAAUAAUGAUGAUGGCGUCGACGACGCCAGCGACGACAGCGACGAAAGCGAUGCAGACUUGGUCAUAUUCAAGCGCAUCAACACCCACAAAGUCGGCGUGCAGGACGCGGCCGACGCGCAGAUCUUCGUCCCCGCGGCGCCGGCCGCCGUCCGCCAGCCGCACGAGGCGCCGUUAGGGUACGAGAGGGACGACGCCAACAUGAAGCUCCUCAUCUGGCUCGAAAGCGACUCCCGGCGGCCGCCUGAGAAAGAUGGCAUGGCCGACGGCGACUUCUUCCUCAGGGGCUCGCAGCAUGGGUUUUGCUGGGCGUGCUUGGAUGUGUUGGGGUAUUAUAUCAAGCAUACGAGGGGGGGUGAAGAGGAAGUAGUAGGAGGUGGAAGAGAGGAAGAGGAGGCAGAGGAAGCGGAAGACAAGAAGAGAAAGAAAGGGGAAAGGGCAGCGAAGAAGAAAAAGAGGAGGCUGCCGAGGGCGGUGGUACACCAUUGGAACUUGCUAAGCUUGGUGGCAGCGAACGGGACCGGGUGUACCAUCUGCAAGCGGCUACACCAGCGGCUGGAAAGGAGCAGGGCGGUGGAUAUGAAUCAGCUGCAUAGCCUGGAGACACAUCGGUUGGAGAUGUGCUGGGCGAAUGGUGGGAUGGGGCUGGGCGAGGGCGAUGUGCUGUAUUUUGUGCACACGGACACGACACUCCCGAGGAGCCACUCCAACUACCACACGUACUACCGCAUGCAGCUGUGGGAUAUAGAUGCCCUGGACGCGAACAUGUCGAUGUGGUUCCCGGACGGCAGGAAAUGGUUCGAGGAUCAUGGCGUGAUGCAGGUUGCAACGUCUAGAAUGGAUUCGGACAGGUCGAGACUCCUGGCCAAGGGGUGGUUGACGCGCUGUGAAGAGAACGUCGACGGAAUGCAUGACGAGUGCAAUGCUUUCGUUGCCAAGAGUCGUCCCACGCGUGUAUUGGACGUGGAGCAUGCGAGACAGACUUCACGGCUCCGCCUCGUGCGCGUGGAAGGCGACGCGGCUGGUGAUCGGUACAUCACACUGAGCCACUGCUGGGGAGAAUGGGGUGCAAAGGAGCUCCCUAUGCUGACAACUGCUAACCUGGAAGAGCGUCAGAGCGAGGGUAUGGACAUUGCGGAUCUGCCUCAGACAUUCCGAGAUGCUCUCGAGGUGGCCAGCUGGUACAAGGUCAAGUGGCUCUGGAUAGACUCCCUCUGCAUCGUACAAGAUUCCCCUUCAGACUGGCUGCGCGAAGCCUCGCUCAUGGCGCGCACCUACAAGCACGCCGUCCUCAACAUCUCGGCCGACAACUUCUCCGACGCCCGCGGCGGCCUCUUCGCCGAACGCGACCCGUGGGACAUCGUGCCCAUCCAGUUCCACGCCACGCGCGCCGCCGGCAUCAUGCCAUCCUCGCAGGACGACCUCGCGCGCUCGUGGUGGCUGUGGGACUACGAGACGGACGCCUUCGGCUGGGCCAACACCGCGCCGUCGUUCGCGCGCGCCUGGAUCCACCGCGAGCGCCAGCUGGCGCGGCGCGUGCUGCACUUCACCGACAAGGAGCUGGUGUGGGAGUGCUGCGCCAGCAGCAGGGCCCCGGCCCAGGCCCUCGCCUGCGAGACCUUCCCCGGCGGCUACCCCUUCCGCAGGCUGCUGCACGGGCACGCCAAGUGGCAGGCUCGCGACGUGCGGAACAACGGCGGCGUCGUGAGGGGGAAGGUUGGGCUGGAGAAGGCGGCGGUGCACGAGACGUGGAAUGAGUUGUGCGAGGGCUUCUCGCAGAAGUGGCUGACGGUGAGCAGUGACAUGCCCAUCAUCCUGUCCAGCCUCGCCGAGGAGUUCGGUGACAUGCUGCCCGGUGAUGCGUACUUGGCGGGCCACUGGGAGAGCACGUUGCCGCUGAGUCUUUUGUGGAGGGUUCACCGGUGGCCGGGGAGGGACGUUGAAGAGAUUACGGAAGAGAUCUCCGAGAUGGAAAAAGAUGAGGAAAAGGAGGGGGCGUUGGCUGUGGAAGAGGAGACGGAGGGCAAUACCCAAGUUUCCCCUACGAGCUCUAGGGUAACUGGUCUCUACGCCAGGGCGAAGAUGCUGGCAAAAGAGAUGGCAACGAAACAGGCCUUUCCUGAGGAAGAUUCGUCAGCUGCAUGUCCCCCGGCCCUGACGGAUGAUGUUUCUCGGUCCACUCAUGGAGAAGAUGCCGCUCAAUCGGACACCACACAACCAAAGGCAGCGCAGCCGGUGGCGACACAGGCAGAGGAAGCGCAUGCGGAGACGACGCAAUCAGAGAUGACAACAGCGGAGAUGACACAAGCAGAGAUAACGGAGCAGCAAGAAGUGUCGGAUCAGGAUGACACAGAAUCAACAGCCGGACCUUACUUCUCCUACGUCGCCCCGUCCUGGUCCUGGUUCUCUGUUAAUGGUGCCAUUGAGCAUCACGGCCGCUGGCCUCAAGUUCCUCUUGCCACCUUCAACGUUGAUGAUGCUCGUCUUCGCAACGCCUUUGGCCCAUUCUCACCUGAUGCCUCAUCCCUUACGCUGACCGGGUACAUGCGCCGCAUCGAGGUCAUAUACACGGGGGCAGACGUGGUUGAGUCGCUGUACACGCCCGACAUCGUCUCAUUGAGAUCAAAAUACGAUAUGGUCGCAAUCGACCACGACGACCUUGACGACGCCGAUUUGCGGAGGAAGGGGCCGGACAGAAGGCCGAAGGGGGUGCGUAAGGUCGGACAAGCGUGGCGCCAGAAAACUGGGAGGGACUUUGAAAUCAAGUUAGAUUUCCCCCGGGGCGAGGAUUUGCGCCUCCAAUGCUUCUGCUUGUUCCUGGCCUUUGAUGGCAAGAAAUGUAGUAAGUAUGAUUUGGUUGUGACUGGGUUGCUGCUAGAGCCGGUAGAAGGGGGCAAGGCAUUCACACGGAUAGGGCUAGUCAGCUUGUCCGCAUUGACGGCGUUGAAGAUGCGGUACAUGAUAGAAGAGGGAGACAUGGAACCGGACGAACAGGGGUGGAAGACAAUCCUAGGCGGUAUUGACAUUAUAGACAAGAGCAAGGAUGCGGAAGAGUUCAACGAAUCAGGUCCUGAGGCAUUGUAUCGGCGUGACGAGGAACGCUCGGGGCUGAAGAGAUUGAGAAAGAGGGACAUAAAGCUUGUGUAA